AUGGCGUCAACCUCUGCUGCGCCCAUCGAGUCCAGAAAGAGGCUUUGGGUUCAGCUUAGCGACAAAGCGGGCUACCCAGACCAUUUCCAGCUGACGCCCAUGCAUAUCAGGACAGUGAUGGGGGCCCUCAAGCUCGGAGGUUAUCGCUCAGCCGUCCAGUACAUGGAAGUGGCGAAGCAAGAACACAUCGGGCUGGGGCAUCCGUGGACCGAAAAGUUACAACAAACAUACCGGGCCGCAAAGCGGAGCUGUAUGAGAGGGCUUGGGCCGGCAAAACAGGCUUCCGCCCUACCAAUGGGAAGAUUAGCCGGCUUCAGCUCUUCUGAGCCGAUGGCUACUUCAGGUCCGACGUCCCCAGCCCGGUCCACGAUCAUCUCGUCAUGGUGGAUGCUCCGCGAACUCGAGGCCUCCAGGGCUAAGAUUGAGCACCUGACAUUUGAUCAUGUCAACAAGACUGUGACGUGGUUACUCCCUUCGUCAAAGACGGACGUCGCUGCCCUGGGGGCCUCGCGCAAACACUCGUGCGCGUGCUCUGCGCUCUGCCCAAGCCUUUGUCCGUACCAUUGUGUCCUCGCACAGGUAGGCGACAGGCCGGGCCACGCUCCCGUCUUCACAGACGUAGAGGGAUACCCGCCCAGCAAAGCCGGGUGGGCUAACACGUUUCAGUCAUUGGCCGCCGCUCUGGGCCUACCGGUCACAUUUCGGAACGGUGCUCGAGCCUUCACCGGCCACUCAGCCCGAGCCACCGGCGCACAGUUUAUGGCAAUCAAAGGAAUCGAACUUUGGAGAAUCCAAAUAUUUGGGCGAUGGGGCUCAGCGGUAGUACUCCGCUACCUACGAGAAGCCCCAGUUGAGCAGCUUGGGCAGCUGGCAGUCGAAGCCGGCCACGCCGACAGCCUAGCCCGAGCACGAAAAGAGCUCGAAGAGCUCAUUGCGAAGGGACAGGCCUUCCUGAACGCCCAGCAGAUUGCCGUGCCCGAUCCGGACUGGCUACAAGAUUGCGAGGCCUCUUCAUCCCAGACUGGGGCUCCGAUCCCCGCUGGUGCAGCCCCGCCGCGUGACUUUUCAGCACGGCUGGUGCUCAAUCUCUCUCCUGGGGGCAAGUUGCAUCGUUGCGUGACAGACUUGUCUGACCCACGCAUGGCACUGCACCCGAAGCAUUGGCGAACCAGCUGCGCUUGGCCCUUCGCAAGAGAUUGCUCAUCCUUCUCGUGGGUGGGUAAAGGUGCACUGGCGUCUGUUUUGGGUAAGGCCCAGCCGCCGUCACGUCAGGCGUUAGAAGGCAAAGGUCUCGCACUAGUACGAGCCCCGCUGGAAGACGUGAGGAAAGUCGAGCUGGUUUCCAAGGCUUUUGAUCCUGCUUUCCCUCGUGGCUGGGGGCCCAGCAACCACCUCCCAGUGACAGAUUUGGAGGUAGAGCUGAUCCACCUCCGGCAGCAGUUCGCCAAGCGCUCGCGGCUCCUACCUGUCAUGGAAGUCUUCGAGUCGAAGAUAUUCUACUCCAGAGCCCCAGGCUACAACGGGCCGCGCUAUGCGCAGGCAAGCGACGUCAACGAUGGCUGGCUGCAAAGGCUCCUGCAGUGCCAGCAGCAAGGACAACUCCUUCCAAAGAAGGAUGCCUAUCUGCUCGUGCUGGAUGUGAUCCAGCAGCUGAAGAGUGAGCAGACCUUGGGCCGGAUACAGGUGAAUCCGGGCCAAAAGCUGACGGUGUUCGGCGACAUCCACGGCCAGUAUUUCGAUUUCAUGAACAUGCUGAGCAUGGCCGGCAUGCCCAAUGCCAACUCGCUAUUCCUCUUCAACGGAGACUUUGUGGAUCGAGGAUCCUGGUCGGUGGAGGUCAUCACCAUGAUCUACGCGAUGAAGAUGCAGAACCCGAACGCCGUCUUCAUGAACCGUGGCAACCACGAGAUGUUGGAGGCCAACAUGAUCUACGGCUUUGCCGGCGAGGUUGGCAGCAAGUACGACCUCGACCUCUUCAACCUCUACUCGGAGUCCUUCCGAAAUCUUCCGCUUCUGCACCUUGCGAACAACCAGAUCUUGGUCGUCCAUGCUGGCAUCCCGGGUCCUCGGCCGCGAGUGUGGCUGCCGGGCCAGACCCACGACCCCGAGGAUGCCGUGCCCGUGAACCUGAAGGCGUGCACCCUGGCGGAGAUCGCCACGGUUGACCGCUACACGGAGCUGACUCCUAACUCCUACAAGGAUGCUGUGGAUGAUGCCCCUAGGCAGGAGGAGAAGUGGGAAACCGACACGCGCAUGAUCAUCGACUUCCUGUGGUCUGACCCCCGCGGCGGAGCCGGCUAUGGCCCUUCCUACCGCAAGAGCCGCGGCGUCUUCAUGUUCGGCCCAGAUGUCUCGGAGCAGUUUAUCCGAGAGAACAACUUGAAGAUGGUGAUCCGCUCGCACGAGGUCAAGGCAGAUGGCUACCUGCAGGACCAUCCUUCGCUGAUGAGUGUGUUCAGCGCGCCGAACUACCUGGACACCGGCGGCAACAAGGGCGCGUUCCUGCAGCUCACUCCGGGCCCGGGUGGAGACCUUCAGGUCACGCCGACCAGCUACACGGCUGUGCCGCAUCCGGACUUGCCACCGAUGUACCAUCAGAACUACAUCGCGGAGAACCACCCUCAUCUCACGCGGCAGAUGAGGAAGAAGCAGGUGGCCCAAGCAGAUGACUUCGGCGACAGCGACUUCGCCGGCUAUCAGGGCCCCGACGAGUGGGAGGAGGUGGAUGCCGGCGCCAGCCUGAACGCAAGGUAG